AUGUCGUCCCAAGGUUUCAAUGUUGUGUUGCGCGUCGACGUUAUUCAAGCUCAAGGAUUAGCUGCAAAAGAUAGAAAUGGUUUUUCUGAUCCCUAUGUCGUAGUUACAAUUGGCGACGAAACACAUCAAACUCAAGUAAUCAACAAAAAUUUAUCGCCACGCUGGGACGCUUCAUUCGACGCUAUUAUAAACCCGCAAAAUCCGCCCAGAGAGAUUCUGUUCACGUGUUGGGAUAAAGAUUUACUUGGAAAGGAUUUUUUGGGCGAGUUUAAAGUGUCGUUGGAGCAUCAUUGGAAGGAUAUUACAGUUGGAUACAAUGAUACUGGUAAUAAGCCAAAAUGGUAUGCAUUGGAAAAUACUUCCCGACCCAAAGAACAAAUUUCUGCGAAUACACAUGUUGAAUCAAAUGAAAAUUAUUAUGGACAUGGUAAAAGACCAAGUGAUUCAAGUUCUAUAAGUUUAUCAUCCACAGUCUCUUCGUCAUCUGGACGUUCGAAUAUACUUGGGUUAACUUUUCUUGAAGUGACAAAAGCAGAAGAUUUGCCACCGGAAAAAGCAGCUGUCGGUUCAAAAUUUGAUAUGGAUCCUUUUGUAGUAAUUUCUUUUUCAAAGCAAACUUUCCGUACACGAACAAUUCAACAUUGUCUUAAUCCGACAUGGAAUGAAAAAUUGUAUUUCACGGUGAAACAACACGAGUCAAAUUUUUUUAUAAAAUUUUCUGUUUAUGAUCAAGACAGAAUCUCUUUCAACGAUUUGAUUGCGGAUUGCCAAUUCCCAAUUCAAGCCCUAAUUGCUAGUGCGGAUAGCAAUCAACUGCCAAAAAACAUCAAUGAAGGUAUGGUUGAGUAUGUAAUGCCGCUUGAACUGAGAACCAAAGAAAAAUAUGAUAAUCUACCGAAACUUUGGAUCCGAGGACGGUUCAUUCCGUUUGAACAUUUACGUCAUCAAUUUUGGCAUGCUUUGGCCAAAUUGUAUGAUUCGGAUGAGAAUGGAGUUUUGAAUUUUGUCGAACUCUCAACUAUGGUAAACAGUCUUGGAUCACUGACAGACAGAUCAAUCGAAGGAUUUUUCAUGCGAUACAACAAAGAUCCAAGAACAGGCGAAUUAACGUUCGAAGAAUUGUGUGAAUGUUUGGAACAACGAUUAUUGGAAGAAGGGUCUAAUACUGCAUCAAUUAACAACGGAGAAACAGAUACUGAACAUUUAGUUGAACUUACAGAAUGUCCAUUCUGUCAUAAACCCAAUCUCCAAAAACAUUCGGUCGCCGAUACUAUUACACAUGUUGCUAUUUGUGCUAGUACUGAUUGGGAGAAUGUUGAUAAAUUUAUUGUUGGAGAUUUUGUCACCGAGUCUCAGGCGCAAAGAAAAUGGAUAUCAAAGAUUAUAUCCAAGGUUGGAUAUGGAAGUUUCAGAGUCGGUGCGAAUAAUGCUAACAUCAUAGUACAAGAUCGUAUAACGGGACAACUUGUAGAAGAGAAAAUGCCAACUUAUAUUCGAUUAGGAAUCCGUCUUUUAUACAAGGGAGUAAAACAAGUUGAAGCGAAAACAACAAAACGUCUUUUGGAGACAUUAUCUAUAAAACAAGGAAAGAAAUACAACUCGCCCUCGUCCAUUAAUGACAUUCCGUCUUUUAUUGCAUUUCAUCAGUUGAAUGUCAACGAGGUUCUCGCUCCAUUAGAGUCAUUCAAAAACUUUAACGAAUUCUUUUAUCGCAAAUUGAAGCCAGACGCACGAACGCUAGAUUCACCCAACGAUCCACGUGUCAUCGUUAGUCCAGCCGAUUGUCGAAUGAUGGCAUUUUCCAGGAUUGACGAAGCGACAAAUAUAUGGAUAAAAGGGCAAAAUUUUUCGCUUGAGCGACUUUUGGAGAAUCAAGACGCAGCUGAACAAUUUCAUGGUGGUAGUUUGGGAAUUUUUCGAUUAGCGCCGCAAGAUUAUCAUAGAUUUCAUUUCCCUGUGGACGGUUUACUCGGUGAACCACUUCAUAUCAAAGGAGCGUACUACACUGUGAAUCCAAUGGCUAUUCGUUCCGAACUCGAUGUAUAUGGCGAAAACAAACGUGCAGUUUCAUAUAUCGAAUCUACACAAUUCGGAAAAGUUGCAUAUGUUACUAUUGGUGCAAUGAUGGUUGGCUCGAUUGAAUUUACAAGCAAACCGCAUAGCCACGUUAAGCGAUUUGAAGAACACGGAUAUUUUGCAUUUGGUGGGAGUACAGUGAUUCUUUUAUUCCAGAAAGACAAGAUGGAAUGGGACGAAGACAUAUUGGCAAAUUCCCAACAACCUCUAGAAACUUUGGUUCGUGUUGGCAUGCAUGUUGGACGUGCCACUGCUCUUUAUUAG